GAGGGCAAAACACAUCUGUUGUCUUCAGGAUGUUGUUCAACAUGUUCCCUGUUCUUGUCUUGAUACUGUCGGCCUCUGUCGCUGAUUCUACGAGUUCAGCUCUUGCUACACCUAGCCAUGGGGUAGACAUAGAAACCUCCCACAACCAGUUUCAUGAGGGACUCACCAACCAGCUGAUAAUCAACUGUACUUUCACGCACGAACAUGGCUCUAACUUCAGCACCAUCUUGUCGCUGAUACUAUCCAAGACGGCUUCUGCUAACGCCUCUACCUACAGAGAAGUUGCUUCCAUUACGGCGUUUUCGAACGAUAAAGUGGACGCAAAAGACACGAUGGGAGCACAAGUGACUGGUCACCACAGAGUUGAUGCUUAUUCCUUCAUCGCUCUAGAGUGGACACACCCAACACACCAGGUAGAAGGAAAGUACAGGUGUCAGGCUAACGGAAUGGACAAUGGUGGUCACCCGCUGUCUGUCUGGGCCGACACAGUGGUAGAAGAAAUACCAAUCGGCUUUGACAUGGUUCUUGACAAGUUAAAGGAAAUGGAUACAAAGAUACAAGAACUCGACACAAAGGGCAAGGAACUGGAUUCAAAGAUAGACGCAGUAGAAGCAAAGGACAAAGAACUGGAUUCAAAGAUAAAUGCAGUAGAUGUCAAGGAGAACAAAACAGACGCAAAGAUAAAAGCAAUAGAAGCGAGGGAACAAGAAAUGAACUCCAAACUGAACGACCUCAGAACUCGUGUGGAAAACUCCAAAGACGCCAUAAUUUCCACAACCACUAGCUAUCGCGGCCACAACUACUUACUCUCUAAACCAAUACUGGUUAACGUACAUGAAGCCAAUCGUCUGUGCCGGCUCUAUGGCGGGUAUUUGGCGGAGAUCAACGACAAGCAAGAGUUCCAGCACCUUGCGGACUUCUCCAACUCUUCUGUGUCAGGUUCUGUUUCUACUGGCGUCAUGUUGGGUGCUACAGACGAGGGUCAUGAAGGGAGGUGGACAUUUCUCACUUCUGGUGGCAAUAUGACGUCAUGUGUGUGGGAUGACCCACAGCCAAAUGGUGGAGCAAUAGAAAACUGUUUGUAUUUAUCUACAGGCACGAAGAAAAUGUUUGACGAUGCCUGUCUGAAAUACUCUUCAUCUUGGUCAGUAAGGUUCUUGUGCGAAGUGAACGCUUACAUUUUGAAAAUCUCGGAAAAUGCCCCGGGCAAAUGAAAUAAAAUUCGACUGCUUAAUGUCAAUGUGGCUUUCGUCUAUUGGGAUUGUUUUUCAGUAAAUUGUGUCAGUAAAAC